AGCCAUAAGGAAUCCCACAAGCUGGGUUCCAAAGAUGGAGGAAGCCAAUGGAAGAGAGUCUAUUGCUCUGCCCGUGGCGAAUACUGGUGUUGCGAACCCUGGGCUGGAGCUCAUGGAAGAAGGAGAAAAGCCAGAGGGAACCAGGAGGAUUGAAGAGGAAGAACACAGACCUGGGGAUGGGCAGGGGCCUCCCACUCACCGUAGGAGGAAUCUGCAGCCUGUCACCAAAGCAAGACACUUCUGCAAAACACAUGCUGCCUUGUUCAAGAAGAUUCUGCUGGGCCUGCUGUGUUUGGCUUACGCUGCCUACUUCCUGACAGCUUGCAUCUUGAAUUUCCAGAGGGCACUGGCCUUGUUUGUCAUUACCUGUUUAGUGAUCUUUGUCCUGGCUCACCACUUUCUGAACAAGUUUUUUGGUGAAAAAUUAACAAGCUGUCUGCAGCCCUUUAAAAACUCCCGCCUGAGGCGUUGGAUGAAAUGGGUGUUUUCGGGAGUCUCCUUGGUCGGCCUCAUACUGUGGCUGGCUCUAGACACAGCCCAGAAACCAGAGCAGCUGAUCUCUUUCGCAGGAAUCUGCAUGUUCGUCCUCAUCCUCUUUGCCUGCUCCAAACACCACAGUGCAGUGUCCUGGAGGGCCGUGUUUUGGGGCCUGGGUCUUCAGUUUGUCUUUGGGAUCUUGGUCAUCAGAACCGAUCCUGGAUUUAAUGCAUUUCAAUGGCUGGGAGAUCAGAUUCAGAUUUUCCUGAAUUACACUGUGGCCGGCUCCAGUUUUGUCUUUGGGGAUGCACUGGUCAACAAUGUUUUUGCAUUUCAGAGCUUACCAAUCAUCCUUUUCUUUGGAUGUGUGAUGUCCAUUCUCUACUACCUGGGCCUUGUGCAGUGGGUGAUUCAGAAGAUUGCCUGGUUUUUGCAAGUCACCAUGGGCACCACUGCCACAGAGACCCUGGCUGUGGCAGGGAACAUCUUUGUGGGUAUGACAGAGGCGCCUCUGCUCAUCCGUCCCUACCUUCCAGACAUGACCCUCUCUGAAAUCCAUGCGGUGAUGACUGGAGGCUUUGCCACCGUUUCCGGCACUGUGCUGGGAGCCUUCAUCUCCUUUGGGAUUGAUGCGGCAUCCUUAAUUUCUGCCUCUGUGAUGGCUGCCCCUUGUGCUCUAGCCUUGUCAAAGCUGGUGUAUCCAGAAGUGGAGGAGUCCAAGUUCAAGAGUCAGGAGGGGGUAAAGCUGCCCCGUGGGAAGGAGAGGAAUAUUCUAGAAGCUGCCAGCAAUGGAGCCACAGAUGGCAUAGGCCUGGUUGCUAAUGUAGUAGCCAACCUGGUUGCUUUUUUGGCCGUGUUGGCCUUCAUCAAUGCUGCCCUCUCCUGGCUGGGGGAACUGGUGGACAUCCAGGGGCUCACUUUUCAGGUCAUCUGCUCCUAUGUCCUGAGGCCGAUGGUUUUCAUGAUGGGUGUAGAGUGGUCAGACUGUCCGAUGGUGGCUGAGAUGGUGGGAAUCAAGUUCUUCACAAAUGAGUUUGUGGCCUAUCAACAACUGUCUCAAUACAAGAGCAAACGUCUCUCUGGCGUGGAAGAGUGGAUCGAGGGAGAGAAACAGUGGAUUUCUGAGAGAGCUGAGAUCAUUACCACGUUUUCACUCUGUGGAUUUGCUAAUCUUAGUUCCAUCGGAAUCACACUGGGAGGCUUGACAUCAAUGAUACCCAGCCGGAAGAGUGACUUGUCCAAGGUUGUGAUCAGUGCCCUCUUGACAGGGGUCUGUGUAUCCCUUAUCAGCGGCUGUAUGGCAGGAAUCCUCCAUGUCACCAGGGGAGCUGAAACUGACUGCGUCUCCUUCCUAAACACCACUUUCACCAACAGAACCUAUGAGACCUACGUAUGCUGCAGAGGGCUCUUUCAGAGCACGACUCUGAAUGGCACUAACCCUCCUUCUUUCUCUGGCCCCUGGGAAGGCAACGAGUUCAGUGCCAUGGCCCUGGCUAACUGCUGUGGACUCUACACCAAUGCCGUCUGUGCCUAAGCCUGGUUGGUCCAUUUCCACAUUCUCUGGUCCUAACAGUUUGCUGAUGGCGAAGAUGUUAUAUACUCAGGUUUCCCAUUCUCCUGUCAACUCACCAAGAUGUUAAAUGGUAAAUGUAAGAUUCAUUUUGGUUCAACGAUAUCCCAACAAUGAAAAUUAGCAAUUGUCUUUUUAUUAUUUGAUUGACCCACAUAGGAAAUGUCUCAUGGGCCCUAUCUGAGUUUUUCUUUAAACAAAUAAAUAUUACCAUAAAAAAUCUUACAAACCUUGCUCCUAGUUGCCAUCAUAAAAAUUAUGUGAUAGAAUGCACUAUAAAUGUGAUUCAAUAUGUAAUGUGUAUUGAGGGAGGAGAAGCUAUAUUUUUUUGGAGUUCUGUGGAGGAGCUGGGUUUAUAUUUCUAAAGUUAUAUGUGAAAGGUACAUGAA